AUGGAUGCAGCUGAUGUCCGAGAAGUUAAGCUCCAGCGUGCUUCUGGGGAUCUUGUCGAAGAAUUUUCGGCCAAACUGCCGUCUUUGCUCUGGAAGCCACAAUCUACCAAAAAAGGUGUCAGAAUCCCACGGAGAUGGACUUUGGCUUCGAAAACAGAAAGGCUGGUCAACCUUUUGGAGCCCUUCCAAGAAUGGCCGCAGUUGCUGGAUCAGCACCUGCAAUCACUUUUGCCUCCUCUAGCUGAUGCGCUGCUGUCAUAUCUGCUAACGCAUAAAAAUCAAUAUACCAUAAGAUCGGCUAAUAACCAGUCAAGAGCUUUGUAUCCUCUGCCAAGGGCUAUCUGUAGGCUCCUUUACACCUUUUGUAAGGUACGAGGGGUCAAGGUUAUCAGUAGGUUCUUGAACAAUGAACCAAAAUACCUUGAUCCUUUGCUACGAGCCUUCAUCCAGUGGGAUACGGCUCAGAAAGAGGAUCCCCAUGCUCUUUCUGAAGAUAUCCCACCCCGGUUAGUGUGGGAGGAGCGCUAUGUGCUGCUUAUAUGGCUCUCGCACUUAUUACUUGCGCCUUUUGACCUGUCUUCGAUGUCAUCCGACAAUAUACCAGUUCCAUACCAAGUAACUGGGUCGACUGAACGUUUGUCGCCGCAAACACCGGCGGUGGCCACCUCUCUUCUUUCAGUGGCGUUGGCCUAUGCCAAUGUAGCAGGGAAGGAGCGUGAAGCCGCAACAAUGCUACUUGCACGUCUCGUCCUGCGCCGAGAUAUGCAAGCGCUAGGGAUGUUGACAAACCUCACCGAUUGGGCGCUCAAUGUACUGCAUCCUCCUACCGGUACUGAUCCCUCUAGUGUCUACGCAUACAUCGGCGUUCUAUCUUUUCUUGCGCGUUUGACUGGAUCCGGCCAAGCCGAGGACCUCGCGCCUCUCAUCGUCCCUGUUUUUAAACAGACAAUGCGUACCGUACAAGGCGAUAGCGAAGUGUCUCAGGUUAUUUUAUCGUCUGCUCUAGCUCGAAAGACUAUCAUCAAAAUCCUUCGGUCCAUAACCGUCAUGGCUCUUUUACUUGCUGAGAGAAGCAGCAGUCUUGUAUCUGAUGACCAGGUUUCUUCUAUCCUGGAGGAUGCGAUUGAUCAUUUCUUGACAGCUCUCGCGGACAAGGAUACUCCUGUAAGGUUUUCUGCGAGCAAGGCGCUCAGUAUUGUGACCCUCAAGUUGGACCCGGACAUGGCUACUGAAGUGAUUGAGGCUGUCACUGGCUCGUUGGAAGAAAAUAUCCUGUAUGAGAAGAGGGACGGUACUAUAAUAACACCUUCUGAGGCAAGGCGAAUCGGAACAAGCACACUGAAGCGCAAUCUAAGUGCUGUCGACGCUCAAAGAUGGCAAGGCCUAAUCCUCACAUUAGGCCAUCUAUUAUUCCGCCAUGCACCUCCAACCCAUCAACUUCCUAAUGUGUUGCAACCGCUUGUAUCUGGAUUAGACUUCGAACAGAGGUCGUCCACUGGAACCUCCGUCGGGACUGGCGUCCGGGAUGCCGCAUGCUUUGGUAUAUGGGCAAUAUCUCGCAAAUAUACAACACAGGAACUCCAUGCAAUUAACAGGCAAGAAAUUUACUCCUCCACCGCCCAAGCGGGGGUCAAUGUUCUCCAAAUGCUUGCCAUCGAACUUGUUUGUGCCGCUUGCGUGGACCCGUCUGGCAAUAUCCGAAGAGGUGCUUCUGCUGCCCUGCAAGAACUCAUCGGCCGCCAUCCCAAUACAAUUGUGGAAGGGAUUCCUAUUGUCCAGGUAGUUGACUAUCACGCCGUGGCCCGGCGCUCAAGAGCGAUGAUUGACGUUGCAAAAGAGACAGUUGCUCUUAGUUCCCAGUAUUGGAGCCCGCUGCUCGAAUCGUUGAUGCAAUGGAGAGGCAUUGGCUCAGCCGACGCCGAGUCCAGAAGACACGCAGCAAAGGCUCUUGGGGAGUUAAGCACACAGGAAGCCAGCAAGUCCGUGCGCGUCGUCCUUCAGAGACUACUAGAUAGGCUUUACAGUAUUCCUCGCAGCGAUGUUGAGACACGCCAUGGGUGCUUUCUUGCCAUUUCUUCAGUGAUCGAUGCUUUCAAUACCUUUGAGGUGUCUACAAUUAAAACCAAUGAAAAUGCACAACACGCUGCUAGACAAAUAUCUAAAAUCUGGGAAAUUUUCGGGUCGCCGGCUGGGCCCACUAAAGACGACCUAACUCUCCAGACCUCCCGCCCAGAGCUCACUGCUGAGGCGUCUUCGUGUCUAAUAUCAUCACUUUCUAGAUCCUCCUCUCACCUCAAAGAGCACCAGAGCUACGAGCCUUCGCCCGCUCUUCUUGAGGAAGCCGGCAAGGUGCUUAUGCUCUGCCUUUCUAGGAAUGACGAGGUUUCUAUAGAAACAUCAUCAAGAGCGAUUUCACAAUUGUGGUACCUUAUCCCAUCCUUGAAGCAGGAUGAACUAAUGCAAGGCUGGCUUUUGCACGUCCGUGCAACUCGGAACUUGCCUACUGGCCGAGGCCAUGUCUCCAUCCUUGGCUCUAUCUUCAGCGAGCUUAACCCAACUGAUGCCACUCGACGAGUUGUGAUUGAGGAGCUCAUUCGGUGUGCCGAGAAGGAGGAAUUAAUUGAGAAACGAGUGGUAGCCGUUAAGAGCUUCGCCAUGGGAGUUCUGCCGUAUAUAGAUGUGACCGAAAAUAUCGCAAAUAGUCUCAUUGGGUUCCUGAAUGACUAUACGACCGAUAGACGAGGUGAUAUUGGCUCCUUGGUUAGGCUGGAAGGUAUCCAAGCCGCCAAAAUAGUCCUUCAAAGGAAGGGUAGCGUUACCAACCAGUCGCACGUCCAAGACAUCGUCGGCUGCCUCUGCCGUCUUGCAGCAGAGAAGUUGGACAAGGUCCGUCUUGAAGCUUGGCUCUGCCUCCAGAUCUUCUGGGAGACGGCUAGUGGCUUCCCACAAUUGCUGAGGCGUUAUGAGCACUUCAGUCAAGUCUCGUCAACCGACUACUUUGUGCAGCUGCUAGAGCUACAAGGAAUCGACUGGCUACGGAUCCCACUAUUCCAGGGCUUUGCGACGUCCGCUGUUGCCGGGGCCGAAGGACUCAUUCGCUCCACGCGCUCGGCUUUGAUACAGAAAAUCAACAGUUACCCAACCGAAGAACACCCCGAAAGAGUAACGGCUAUUAUCCAGGAUUUGCUCGUUAUCCUGAAUGAGAAACUUCCAGAUGAUCGUUACGCAAUACCAAUUUUGGAAACAUCAGCGUUCUUAUUAGAUGGUUAUGUAGCGUCCGCGCCUCAAUUCCGGGACCCGAGCUUGAGGAAAUUGUUCGUCCUUGUUCAAAGAGCCCAUUUCAAGACGCAGAACAUAGUCAGGCUCGAGGCUGCAAUCCGGGCAUAUGCACCUCUCUCGAGACUAGAGCAGGUGCGGGAUGACGUGUUGAAAAAGCUCACAGGGAUGCUCCUUCAUCCCUUUCCAAGGGUUCGGACCACGGCGGCGGAAUACCUGUUUAUGGAAACCAACCUUGACUUGGUGAAGCUGGAAGACUGGGCGAGUCAGCCAACGAAGCUGAAGAGUAAGGUAGAAGAGGUGAGAGGACUUUUGGCGUGUAAAUGA